AUGGCCAUCUCCAAGCCUGUGCUGCUUGCCAUCCUCUGCUGCUGCAUCUGCUCCUACCACAGCGCCGCCGUUGUCGCGGCGGGCGAGCUCGCCGGCGGCGACGCAGCAGCCGCCAUGGCGGCGAGGCACGAGAGGUGGAUGGCGCAGUACGGCCGCGAGUACAAGGACGCCGCCGAGAAGGCGCGGAGGCUCGAGGUGUUCAGGGCCAACGUGGCGUUCAUCGAGACGUUCAACGCCGGCGGGAAGAGCACGUACUGGCUCGGCGUCAACCAGUUCGCCGAUCUCACCGGCGAGGAGUUCAGGGCCACCAUGACCAACAAGAAGGGGUUCAGCGCUAAUGGUGUUAGGGCAUCAACUGGGUUCAGGUACGAGAAUGUUAGUGCUGAUGCUCUGCCUGCGUCUGUUGACUGGAGGACCAAAGGUGCAGUCACUCCUGUCAAGGACCAAGCCCAGUGCGGCUGUUGUUGGGCGUUCUCGGCCGUGGCAGCGAUGGAGGGCAUCGUCAAGCUGAGCACCGGCAAGCUCAUCUCGCUGUCGGAGCAGGAGCUGGUCGACUGCGACGUCCACGGCGACGACCACGGCUGCGAGGGCGGCGAGAUGGACGGCGCCUUCCAGUUCAUCGUCAGCAACGGCGGCCUCACAACCGAGUCCAACUACCCGUACACGGCGGCGGACGGCCGGUGCAAGGCCGCGCUGGCGGCGAACGUCGCCGCGUCCAUCAGGGGCUACGAGGACGUGCCGGCCAACGACGAGGCCGCCCUCAUGAAGGCCGUCGCCGGCCAGCCCGUGUCGGUCGCCGUCGACGCGUCCAGCUUCCAGUUCUACCAGGGCGGCGUGAUGGCGGGCUCUUGCGGCACCAGCCUCGACCAUGGCGUCACCGUGGUCGGCUAUGGCACGGCGAGCGACGGCGCCAAGUAUUGGCUGGUCAAGAACUCGUGGGGGACGACGUGGGGCGAGGCUGGGUACGUGAGGAUGGAGAAGGACGUCGACGACAGCAGGGGCAUGUGUGGCAUCGCCAUGCAGCCUUCCUACCCUACCGUGUAG